AUGUUGGAGGGGAGUGGGGAGGUGAUGAAGGAGGGGGUGUUGGAGAAGAGGAGCGAGGGUCUGCUCCAGCUCUGGAAGAAGAAACAUUGUGUUCUGACCGGGGAGGGUCUCCUCUUGCUCCGUCCCAAGCAAUACCUGCAGCAGCCUGGGCGCCAGGAGCCACAGCCCGGGGCCAAGAGCAGCUGCAGCGGCGGCAAAGAGCUUCGCUUCGGGGACAUGAAGACGGUGGAUUGCGUGGAGAGGAAGGGCAAAUACAUGUACUUCACGGUGGUGAUGGCGGACAAGAGGGAGCUGGACUUUCGGUGCCCCCAGGACGCGGGCUGGAAUGCUCUGAUCACCCUGGGCAUGGUGCAGUACAAGAACCGCAGGGCCAUGGAAGCGGUUCAUUCCAGCCGCCAGAAAAAGAGGCAGGUAGUUCAGGACUGCUGUGAAGCUGCAGCCUGGGAAAAAGAGAACAAAGCAUCUGUGACAUCACAGGAGCCGUUAAGCUGA